GCAGCAUGUUAGAGGAUCGGGCUCCCUCACCUUGUCCCCUUUCCCCACCCACACGGCGCCGCGGCUGACCUCCACCUUGCUGGCUGGCCGCCGUCUCUCUGCCCGCCCAGCUCCAGCCCCCGCCCCCGUCCCCGCCUUGCCUCUCCGCGCUCUCCCUGGCCACCGCGCCGUCCACGCCGACUCGCCCCACGACGACCACCGCGCCGUCGCUCCCCCCUCAUCUUGAAUGCCGGCGUGGUGGCGCGCCACCGGGAGCUGCGCCUCCAGCCACCAAGAUGGUCACCCGGAUCGAUUCACCUCCAGCGAGAAGCCGGGGGGGAUUUCCACUUAGCCGGGAGCGCCACCCACCACGCAGCAGCAGCAGCAGAUGAAUUUCCACUUAGGAUUAGUCGGGCUGGAUUUCAACAAGCCAGUACUCCAAUUUUAUUAAGCCAGUACCCCAAUUUCAAGAUGAUCCAAUAUGCUGAAAAACACCAAGUGGAAAUUGCAUGCUGUUUGACUUAGCAUGCCCGGAUGUUGCCAAGAGGCAAGGAUUGUUCGAAGCAACACCAACACAUUUUAUUCUUCAUGACAUGCACAUACAUCUUUCACUGGAGCGCAUUGCCAGCAUGCCUGAUUACCAAAGCUACUGCAUCACCGUUGCUUCAGUGUGUAGCCUCAUCUCCGAGUACGAUGUGAUCCGCACCUAUUGUUUACUUGAUAUUAUUGGUCACAGGUCUUUGUUUGCUGCUUUCUUGGCAUUGCCGUGGGAUCCUGGACAGCAAACAAAUGCUGGUACCAAAUACCUAGCUAGCAUUGGUAUAACUGCAGCUAUUUGUGUUCGACCUCUCAGUUGUUCAUGGACUUCAGUUGAGUUGAAAGCCUGGUCUCCAUCGUUGCGGCAUGUUCCUGGUCAACAUUACAUGUGGCUGAUGAUUUGGAGGAUAACUGACGAUAGACCUAUUACUGCAUGUUUGGUUAUGCUACAGACCACUGAAUUUUGUUCCAAAGAAGUGAGCUCAUGGAAGAUAUCUGGUUUCAAUAUCAUUAUCAGUAUCCAAGCUGACUACUGGUAUGCGUGCUCUGUUCCUGACAAUACAUAUCUGCAAUCCAUGGCCGAGUGCUCUCCUGCUGAGAUGCUGACUUUGGAUCCAGGUGACAGUGUAUGGAUUCCUGUUGCAUAUGUUGUUGUUACCGAUGGCGUAUGGACCGUCAUGUACUUCUGGGUGUUCCUUGUUCUUCCACGGGCAUUUCAGUUCCUUGCUUAUGUUGCCAUUUGGAGCUCCUGCAGUGUGGAGUUUUGUCAAGGCAAGUUGUCAGGGGAUCCAGGCAUCUGGGCCCUUCUCUAUUUCCUGGGACUUUUCACUCAAGCUGAAGUCAUAGGAAGGAGGAAUGUUGUAGCUCCAACCUAUUACCACGGCCACUGCCUCAACCAUGCUCUGACAACGUCUCUGUCAACCAACACUAUUACCUUGAUGCUUUCUGUGACCAAGUGAACAUCAGCGACGACUACUUUCUUGAGCAAGUCAGCGUUGUUUGCUACCUCAACCUCGCCAAGUUCCGCCUCAACUACGGCACCCACCGGCCACCGCCACCUUGGCGAAGUCAUGAAGCACCAAGUACCAUGGGAUCCCUUUGGUUUCCACAUUGAGUUGGCUUGAGGGCAAGCCGAAAUUUAAGGAAGAGGGAAUGUCAGCGGCCUCACUCUCUGUAGCUGGGCCGUACAGAGGGGUGCCUCUUGGGCCCGGGCCUGCCAGCAAACUACUACUCCCUCCGUCCGAUAAUGUAGGACGUUUUUUGACACCACACUAGUGUCAAAAAACGUCUUACAUUAUGGGACGGAGGGAGUACAUGAGAUGAGUACAAAUAGAACAGAAAGGCAUCUGAAGACGGGGACGAACGGAAGGGCUUCGGCCUCAGCGUGGCGUGGUGUCGUCUUCUCCGCUUUCCCGUUCCUGUACUGCUCGUCUUCCUCCCCUAUCCCCUCCAUGAAUUCCAUUAGUUAGCUUCCAAUUCCUCCAUCAAUGGCUUGCAACCUUUGAAUCAUAGCUGGGUUGUUAACAUUUACGCUGAUUCUUCAGUUCAGUUAAGUUGAGACACCCAAUUCCUCUGUCCCUCAUCUGAAAUCUCUUCUUCAGUUAAGUUGAGACACCCAAUUCACCUGUCCCUCUUCUUAAAUCUCUUCUUCAGUUAAGUUGAGACACCAAAUUCCUCUGUCCCUCAUCUAAAAUCUCUUAUUCAGUCUAGCUUGAGACAGAGUUUUUUGCUUCCCCCGUCCCGCAACGGCAGCCGCAACAUCAGGUUCAACAGUAUCAUCAGUUUCGCAUAAUUUCUUGAAAAAAAAAUCUGUUGCCAUUUCCUCAAUCUGCUUCUUUUCCUGAACCAAGUUCCCCUCUGCAUCUUUUAGUUUCCCUGAUCUUAUUUUUCCUCUGUCGACAUGCGGCUUUUCAUUGAAAAUACAUAUGCUGAUUUGUUCCCCCUCUCUGAUAGUAGUGACUCGAGCGCGUUGGCGCCAUAGCAUCUUCUCUUCUCUGUACAGAUAUAUUCAUCCAACUCAUUUGAGCUCUGAACCAGACUUGUGCCUUAGCUUCUGAGUUCUGAACUCUGAACCAGUUUUUUUUUUCUACUUCAGUUCAGUUAAGUUGGGACACCCAAUUCCUCUGCUCCUCGUCUGAACUUUCUUCUUCAGUUAACUUGACUGUGGAAUAUCACAUUGGAUGUCCAAAGGAACAACAAUGUACUGCGCCGUAUUGACUGUGGGGUAAACUUUUUUUAGGUGUUUCAUUUGGCAAAAGAAAAUAAUAACAUUUUGAAAAAAGGGGGCUCAGUUAAGGAAAGAGGGGACUUUUUUGGCCCUGAACUGAACUGAACGGAAGGAAAGAGGGCUUGCUGAGCCUCCCCUGUUCCUCCCUUCAAAUACCCCCCCUCCCGCCCCAACCAACAAACGCAACGGCCCCAACCAACAAACGCAAUCCCCCUCCCACCGUCGCAAGAUAUCCGAGGCAACUCACCCCGUCCCAAGAAAUUCUAGCCAAGAAACCGGAAGCAAUCUCUGUCCGCCUCCAAUGGCCCAGGAGGCCAAUUGCGACGGCGAGCCUGCGAUGGAGUCGGCCGCCCUCGUCCCCGGGCCGCCGGCUGCCACCCCGCCCCCCUGGACGGACGAGGGGUCUCUCCAGUUGCUGGAGAUCCUGCGCCUCCAUCUCCGGGGUGUCCCGCACUGGAUCAUCCCCCGCUACGUCAUCACCGGGGUGGACCUCUACGAUCGGGAGCCCCAAGAGCUCCUCCGCGCCCACCCCUCCGCCGCCUCGACCGACGGCAAGAAGGCGCUCUACUUCCUCAACCGCGUCCGGGCCAAGGCCAAGAACGAUGGCUGGAAAUGCCGUAUGGCUUCCGGCGGCACAUGGAAGUCCGAGCGUGCGCCGGUGGACAUAUGGGGCGCCUCCCGCAUCGCCGGCACCCACCAGAACCUGUCCUUCAUCAUCAAGGGACCCAAGGGAGAGGACCUGCGCUCCGGCUACAUCGCCCAGGAGUUUGCGCUCGCCGGCCACGCUGGUCGCCUCGCCGGCGGCGACCAGCUCGUGCUGACCAAGGUGUACUUCACCCCGCGGGGAGAAGAGGCCGUCUCCAAGGCCAAGGAACGCGUGAUGGCCAAGGCAAAGCGCAAGAAGACGGCCGCCGCCGCCUCCUCCUCCCGGGCGCCUCUUCCGCCCGCAGCCGCCUCCUCCCCUGCUCCCGGCAAGACGCCGGCUCCCAUUGCCGCCUCCUCGCCGGCUCCCCCCAAGAAGGCGGAUGCCCCUUCGUCCUCAUCGCCGGCGCUCAUCGACCAGGCAGUCUCCGACUCGUCCGCGGGAGGAUCCACCUCAUCCACAAGGUUGCUGCUGUUGGAGGUGGGUGACUCCCCAGUAAGCCAAGCCCAGGACUUCUCGAUCCGGCACAUCCUCAGGGCAGCGGAGCUGGUAGGCUCCUCGCUGCCCUUGAACAAAAGGAAGCCUGUCCCAUUUAGUUGUGAUGGCUUGUUCUUGCUCCAGGAAGGGCCCAGGAAGAAGUUUCCAUCAUCUCCAUAGAAAUCCUAGACAAUGUAGGGGCAGUGAUCCUGGUUACCGAGAAAACUCAUCUGUGAUGUUAAUUCUUGAAUACUUUGAGUUCAUUUCGAUGAAACUAAUGCUAGUUUUGCCUGAUGAAACAAAUUCUUGCUCUUCAUACUGUCUGGAUGCUGGUUUGGUCUUGUUCUUUACGGAGAUCGUUAUAUUUGUCUUGCUGCAUUUUUCCUUUUUCCUGUUGUAAUCACAGCAGACAAGUGGUUCUUGUAGAAAGGAGUUUCUACUCUGGCCUUUUCAUCAUUUUAGAGAAUUUCUUAUCUCUGGUGUAUUGCAGAAGGGCUUGAUGUGGAUAUGUUGAUAUGUAUGUGUCUGAUGCUCUUGCUAACAACUUCUGAUUUGUAUGUCAAGGUGUAAAAUUGCAUGUUUAACAAGCACUCUGCUCUUAUGUAUCAUUUUUGUUUAGCAAGCACUAUCAUUUUUGUUUAACAAGCACUCUGCUCUGAUGCUCUGAUGUAUCAUAGACAUCUAGGGGCAGUUAUCCUGCUUACUGAGAAAACUGAUCAGUGGUGUUAAUUCUUGAAUACUUUGAGUUCAUUUCGAUGAAACUAAUGCUCUUUUUGCCCGAUCAUACAAAAUACUUGUUCUUUAUUACCGUGUUUUCAGACAUAAUUGUUCUUGUUCUUUAUACUGUCUAGUCUUGUUCUUUAUACUUGUUCUUUACGGAGAUUGCUAUAUUUGUGUUGCUGCUUUCUCCUUUGUCCUGCUGUAAUCACAGCACAGACAAGUGGCUCUUGUAUGAGGAUUGACUUUCUACUAUAUCUGGUGUUGAGCAUGAGGACUGACUGAUUUUGCUGGGUCCCCACUGUUGCUUCACUAUCAGUAGUACUUCCUCCGUCCCAUAAUAUAAGAGCGUUUUUGACACUACACUAGUAUAAAAAAUGCUCUUAUAUUAUGGGACGGAGGGAGUAGCUUCUAGUGCAGCAGAAGACACUGGAAAUUCAGUUUCCCCAUUCUGCAUCAGAUUGUUGAAAGGGGUAUUCUAACUGAAAAGGUGGACUGAGGUACAAUUUCUAUUAUUGAUGCAGAGAGGAGGCUCUUGGUAAAUGUUCUACAAGUUGAUGAUAACCAGCAUUUUGUUUUGCUCUCUGAGAGGUUGUUCAUUUCAUUUCUCUAAAUUUGAAGUGUAUAUCUCUAUCCGUUGUUCUCUUCAUACUACAGUUGUGUACCCCUGCGAUUUUUUUAUUUAUAUAAUUAUUUCAAGGAAACAAACACCACCUUUGUUGACCAGUAAGUGAACACCUAAAAGGUUAUGUUUGCUCAUGAUUUUGUGCAGAAAGAAGUUACUUUUUGUAUUUAGAGUUGAACAAAUUAAAUGCUGACACCUAUAGUAUUGUACGAAACAACGUGGUCUCUCCAGCCAUGGACAUGGCUAAAUUAUUAUUUUCCAGUUCUGAACAUCGAGCAAGUAGAUACUCUCAACAUAUGUUACCUGAGAUUAUUAUAAGAGCGAUUUGACAAAAGGUGUUCACGUGAUAAUUUAUAUGCUUGAUUUUCCCUAGAAAGUGUAAGGAUCAUCUCCUUUAAGAAAUUUAAAAUUUCAGUCAAAAUGCAAGUAAUUUCACAUAAAAUUGGAUGAUCUAAAAGCUCAUAAAAAUGAUAAGGAUGAACAGAAGGCCAUUUUUACUUGUAUCGUGUGGUUGACAAAUUUUGUAUGUUUUCCUUUUCUUCCCACUUCCAGAACUUAGCACAGUUUUUACAUAUCUCAGUAAUCAUUGACCAUGUAAUUUAAACAAUUGUCUUCUUUUCCUGUAGUUCAACAUCCCGCUAAUAGAUAUGGUUCACAUUGGAACGGUAGCAAGCAGUUCUUAUUCUUGCUGACACUCUCUAAAUGGAAAGUUGGAACACAUCAUGUAAAUAACAGUGAACUCCCCCCAUUAGAGGUUCUUAUGGUUACAUAACCUGAAUUAAUAUUUAAUAGUGAUAGGAUCCAACAGAAAUGAUUUAGUCAAUGGUGCUCUGAGGACAUGUUUGUCCUGAUUUUGCUCUGUUAUAUAUGGUACGUAAUGUGCCAACCUUGCAUGGAGUUGCUUGACCAUUGGUUUCGUAAAAUUAUUGUCUACAGGAGAACAUUGCCCAUGCUCCUCACAUAUUAUAAAGCUUUCCAACAAAUUAUUGUCUACCUUGUAUGAGGAUUGACUUUCUACUAUAUCUGGUGUUGAGCAUGAGGACUGACUGAUUUUGCUGGGUCCCCACUGUUGCUUCACUAUCAGUAGUAGCUUCUAGUGCAGCAGAGUACAUCGGAAAUUCAGUUUCCCCAUUCUGCAUGAGAUUGUUGAAAGGGAUAUUCUAACUGAAAAGGUGGACUGAAGUACAAUUUCUAUUUUGAUGCAGAGAGGAGGCUCUUGGCAAAUGCACUACAAGUUGAUGAUAACCAGCAUUUUGCUUUGCUCCCUGAGAGGAAGUGUCAAUGUCCCCCCUUCCAGAAAAACAUAGGAGCGCAAAUGACCGCACAUGAGGCAUGCCAACUUCUAAUGGAAGUCAUGCCGGGAAGAGGCGAAUUCCAUGCCAACCAUGCUGUGUGUAUAUGUGAAAGGACCGACUGAACUUCAGUACUCAAAUCGAAUCCUGGUGGUAACUAGCUCGUUGGUGAACUUUGUGGAUCUGCGGAUGGAUCUGACACUGAAUAUGAUCCCACAGGGACAGCGAAAGAGAUGAUCACUGAAGAUGACACUGCUACAGGAGAGGAAUUCCGAAGAUGAUCCAACCGUGGUACAAGAGAUGAUUCUUUGAUCAGACAAGAGGUUUCUGAGCUGGAGUAGAUCCUUAUUAGUUGAGUUAUCUUGCAGCUCGAAGGAAUUAUUUGCAUACAAGUGUUGUACGUUGUAAUCUCCUCUGUUUUAUGAAUUUCGGUGUAAGCAUGAAACUUUACUUCUUACUAUUAUUAUUAUUUUUUGCAGGCAAUUCUUACUACUACUUCGGUACGAGCAAUUUGACAUAAUAGCACGCUUUUCUCUGUACCUUGAUGAAAUAGCACAUCUUUCUUUUUGUUCGAUUCAAUGGCACACUUUUCCUUGGUACAAACUGUCUUUUAUCAAAUUGCUCUAUAUGGUACAGGAUGGACAUGGCGCUAGGUGGGUUAGCUGUGCUAUGUUACGCUCACUGGGUGCAGUAUAGUAAGCUGCGCCCAAGUGGGCCGCCCAAAUAGGGGGUUUUGUCUCUGACUAUUUCUUAAAAUAAAUUGCUGGCUGCUGUUUUAAUUAUAUUUGAGGGUUCGAAAUAAUCUAAAAAUUUAUGAAAACUUCUUCCUGUAGAAAAAAAAUUAUAAACUUUUUUUCAAGCCUCUUUGGAACAAAACAA